AUGACGUUUUAUACGUCUCUUCUCAGGAAUGCUCCACACUUUCUUCAUUCGUUCAUGUUCGCCUUAAUCGUGUUGCUUUACGCUCGACCGGCACUCUCCACUGGCCCGACACAGAUAUACAUCGAUCAGAUUUCUGAGUAUUCUUCUCUGCCACGAUGUGCCCAAGACCAAUUGAGCACCAUUGUCCGGGCACAGUCUUCUGGUUGUGGCGAUAAUAUGGCUUUGACGAGUUUCAGCUGUUUUUGCAUACAGUCAAGCGUACAUAUGGCCAGUAUUAUCUCCUCAGCCGUACAGACAACCUGUUCCAUGUCAUCGUAUUCUCCACGUCCCACAUCUCUGCCAACGAAUUCCCUGAUGCCUGAGGUUGCGAGUGCGCUGGAUGUGUUCCAUAGCUAUUGCGAAAAGAGUACAGAGGUCCCUGACCUUGUUCCGACCCAAACUUAUCGUCCCACCAUCACGCUACCACCCUCAACGGCAACUGUAACUGCAACUGCAGCUUCAGCUCCGGGUAACCAGGGCAAGGAUAAUACACGCCUUAUCGUCGCAAUCUUGGUUCCAAUCCUCGUACUUCUUGUUGCCAGUAUUGCCGGCCUCUUCCUCUACAUACGGCGUCGGACUCGUGUCAAGUCAGCGCCACCAUUAUCCGAGAAGCACAUGCACGAAGAUGGCCCUCCACAAUACAGAGCAUUUGCAGGCUCGCCCCGCGAGAUGCCUUCUGAACAUACCGUCGAACUAGCAGGAGACGGUAGGGAAAGGCAAGAGAUGCAGGGAAGCGGGGAAAUCGUGAAUUUUGCGCAUGAGUUGGAGAGUCGGACACCUGUCGAGCUGCCCAGCGGGGAGGUGCUUAAAAAGAAGGAGAGAAGGUAA